AUGCUGGGACUGAUUGCCUGGCAGAGGAAUCCUGGGCAGCGAGAGGCAACCUCCUGCCCUCAGUUCCGGGAUUCGGGUUUGGGGAGCUUUUUGCUAAGAGACGGGUUUCACCUUUGGAAAAAGCUGGCUUUCCUGAGGCUGAGCCCAGGCCUCGCCUGGAGCCACCCCACCCCGCCACCCCCCGGGCUAGAAAAGAGGGACGCAGCCGCCGCCGAGGAGAGUGAGGCCUUGGGGAGAGUGGAUGGGGGGCCCUCAGAGUCGAGUGGAGAAGAGGGGCUUAAACCAGGAGGCAAGAGCGGCUGA